GCCCUCGGCGAGUGCACCCCGGCUCCAGGCCCAGCCCGCCGGCUACAGGGCGACCGGAGGGUGUGCGCGCCAGGGUGCGGCGGCGCGCGGUGCGUGCCAGGACGCGGACAGUGCAGAGGAGGGAGGAUCGUGCCACAGAAGACCGUGCAGCCGCAGCUGCGUGCACCCCGAAGCCGGGUGGGCGCCCGCGCUGCUGCCGCACGGUGGUGACUUCCUACCAGAACCCAGAGGCUCGCUAAGAGCUCCGCACAGAUCGCGCAGACUCAGCGGAUGAGAGGCGUCUGAGAGACUGAGCGUUGGGUUCCUAUGAUGGAGAAGGCAGAUGCCAAGGACCAAUCCUCUCAGGGGGAUGAAGAGAAAGAUCGUCUGAAGAACCACCCUUACUCUGUGGAGACCCCGUAUGGCUUUCAUUUGGACUUGGACUUCCUCAAAUAUGUGGAUGACAUUGAGAAAGGACACACCAUCAAAAGGAUUCCCAUCCACAGAAGAGCCAAGCAGGCUAAGUUUAGUACUUUGCCUCGAAACUUCAGCCUUCCCAAUAGUGGGCCUCGCACCCACGCCGCUUCUCCCCAGCAAAACUGGUCUCCUAUGGUGCCCAGAAAGAUAUCCCUGGGGACCCAGGAGCAAUCCCAGUCACUGCCACUAGGUGAUGUCCCCCAGGCCUCAGCGCAUGGCAGUGAGCUGAGCUAUCACAGGAAGACCCUUUUGGCAGAGGCUACCAGGCAGGUGGAGACUGGGCCUCUGGAAGAUGGUGGGAGUGGGCGGCCCCAGCUUUUGAGGGCAUCCAGCAUGCCUGCUACACUACUGCAGAACCGAGCCCCUGAUGAGUCCGGUCUGACCUCAGGUCCUUCCGCACUUCUUGCCCUCCCUCAGCUCCAGGGGGAAGGCACUGUCUGUGAUGGUACCUUUGACCCCACAAAAGGCUUCACAGGUUUAGAAGCAACAACCCAGUCAACAGACAGAGGGUUAGAAGAGCUAGAACCAGCCAUUCCAGAGCUGGUCUGGGAGGGGGCUGAGCCUGCAGAAGGUGGCAUAAAGGCUUCAAGUCACCUCUCUCAGCCGGGUCCUCCCUCCUCAGUCCAGAAUGUACCCAUGGUUCUAGGGAAUGUAGAAAUUCAACACCAAGUCAGUAAAGCAGAGGGGGUGGUAACUCCUGGCUCGUCCACGCCCAGCCCACCCCCUCUCCCAUCCCCCAUCCCUGAGAAUGAGCUCACCCUUGAGGAAAUUGAGCUCAAUAUCAGUGAGAUCCCACCUCCUCCACCCAUCGAGGUGGAUGUGAGGAACAUUGGUAUCCAGGCAACAGAGGAAAGCAUGGGCCUGGUAGAGACAGACUCUGGCAACACCUCCAGCCUGAAGAAUCAGAUCUCGGCCCUUGAGGACAAGCUGUCAGGAAAAACAGAGGAGCUUGCCCAGGUCAGAGCUGCCCUCACGCAGCAGCAAGAGGAGACCAAGGCUAGGGAAGAGAGGAUUAAAGAGUUGGAGUGUGCUGUAGCCCAGUUAGAAGAAAAGUUUAGUCAAGGCAAGGUCAGCGAUGCUCUGGACCAGACUGACGCCAUGGUGAACACUGACCCUCUCCUUGAGCUCAUCCCCAGAGAAUCAUGUGACAAGAACAUUGGUGUCAACCUGCUGAGAACCCCAGAUCCUGAAUGCUGGGCAUCUAGAGCAGAGAAGAAUGGCUUCCCAUGGGUCCAAAAUAGUCACAAGCAAGGCCGUCAGAGCCCUGAAGAGCCUGUGCUGCUGCCCCAAGUGUCACUGUCAAGGGGACCUGAGCAGGUCCUUGCCUCGUCCUUAUGUAGCUGCCUCUCCAUGGAACUCAGGAUCGAAGAAGAUGUCUCUGAGCAGGAGAGAGGCCCACAGGUGGGGGCUGAGGACUUGAGCAGGCCAAUAGGAGUCUCUUCCUGGAGCAGCCACAGAGGGACCGCGGCGGUGAUCAGGGAGGAGGCCAGCUCGGAACUUCCAGGGGCCGAGCGUCCAGGAAGGCCGGCGAGUUCGCCACAAGACGCCACAAUCGGGCAGUAUGUUAAGAAGAUCCAGGAGCUACUGCAGGAGCAGUGGAACUGCCUGGAGCAUGGGUACCCUGAGCUAGCCAGCGCCAUCAAGCAGCCUGCCUCCAAGCUCAGCAGCAUCCAGAGCCAGCUGCUCAGUUCCCUCAACCUAUUGCUCUCUGCCUACUCAGCCCAGGCCCCAGAGCAGAAGGAACCUCCUGCCCCUCCCUCUUCCACCACUCCACCGUCAAUGGAGAUCUCUCCGUCGACCAGCCUUAAAUCCAUAAUGAAAAAGAAAGACUAUGGCUUCCGUGCAGGAGGUAAUGGGACCAAAAAGAACCUUCAGUUUGUUGGGGUUAACGGUGGCUACGAGACCACUUCCAGCGAGGAGACCAGUGGGGAGGACACCUCCCCUGAGGACGCGUCUGACGGUGAGAUUGAGAAGAAACAUGAUUGCUCAGAGCCUAGACAGGACAGAGACACACAUCCCACCCGUGAGACUGGGCAAAGUGUCACGGAAGGCGCCGGUAACUCAGGCCAGACAAGUGGGUCUGGGGAGGAGGUCUCUCACCUGAGGCCUGAGAGGUGUAAACCCUCAGAGGAAUUUCUUAACGCAUGCCAGGCACUGAGCCAACACCUGCCAGAAACUGGGGCCACCACCAAUUAUCUCCUGAGGGAAAGUCUGAAUACCAUCAGCCAAGAGUGGUUCCGUGUGUCCAGCCGGAAGUUAUCUAGCCCUGCCGUGGUGGCUGCUUACCUCCUCGAGGUCCAGUCUGGUUCCCCACAUCUUCUGAAGCUGCUUGUCAACCUGGCUGACCGAAGCGGGAACACAGCCCUUCACUACAGCGUGUCUCAUUCCAACUUCGCUAUCGUGAAGCUGCUGCUGGACACAGGUGUCUGCAACGUGGAUCAUCAGAACAAAGCUGGCUACACCGCUGUGAUGAUCACUCCCUUGGCUUCUGCAGAGACAAAGGAAGACAUGGCUGUUGUCUGGAAGCUCUUGCGAGAGGGGAAUGUAAACAUCCAAGCCACCCAGGGGGGCCAGACUGCGCUGAUGCUGGGGGUUAGCCACGAUCGGGAGGACAUGGUCCAAGCGCUACUGAGCUGCCAGGCAGAUGUCAACCUGCAGGACCAUGACGGAUCGUCUGCCCUCAUGCUGGCCUGUCACCAAGGCAACGCUGAUUUGGUACGACUGCUCCUGGCACAGCCAGCCUGCAACAGCAGCCUGACUGACAAGGCUGGCCGAACAGCUUUGUCCAUCGUCCUGAAUUCACCUGCCCAUGUGGAAAUCGCAGAGCUUCUUCAGGCCCACGCGAAGCAGGGCACGUCCCUGGGGCUGUAGAAGCUGCAGAAGAACUAACAGCCAGGAACAAAAGGCUCCUUUUCUGAACUCUUCCCUUGCCCUUAGAGGGGGCCGGGUUCACAGGCAAAGGGCCACUGCUUAAAUGAAGAAGCUAUGUCAAAUAUGCACAAUCCAUUCCCGUCAUAGGAAUCUGCUCAUUAGGAUGCUUAGUAGUUUUUUGACUUAGGCCAAGCCCUCCAAACUACAUGGGCUUCAGCACAGAGUGUGAGGUGUAGAGGAAAGACUGGGGUGGGAUUGUCCAGAAACUCCAGACAUCUUCAGCCUUGAAUCCCUCUUGACUGGUUUUGCAGUCCUGUGUAGCGAGCAGGUGGGUAAGGGCACACUCGCACCGUAGACAAGCAAUACUUCUUACAUAGUCUUAAAGCGCACUGUCUUUCUGUUUUGCAUCAAGCAUAUAUACAAAUAUAUCCCACUGAAUAUGCAUGUCUAGAGAGAAUGGGAGAGGACUUUAAACUUAGGCAGGGUAGGAGGAAGUCCAGUGAUGUCAACAUCAAGGCAGGACUCUUGUGAGUCCUCCCGCAGCUCUAAUUCUGUCCAUGGAAGUAAAGAGAAAAUCCAAUCUGAUGGUUAGCAUGUUGGUGGCGUCCAGUUGUUUCAGCUGUUCCCAGCCUGUGAAAGAAGCAAAUGAGCUGGCCAGCUUCUUGCUGGGAAUGAGUUGCUGUACAAGUGAGCAUUGUUCACCCACUGCAAUGGGCAGGUACUGGCUGAGAACUUCCGGGCUCCUGACUGCACAGAAGUUCAGCCCGGGCUUCAGCAGCAGCCAGCCGGGGCAGGACAGAACUCUCUCUGGACUGACAUCUCUCCCAGGGACAGUUCUGUCCUAUGCUUCCAUAUCCUCUGGGGACGACACAUGAAAGUGCUGACAGUCUCAUGCAAAAGUCAUCUUUAUUGAAAAGCAAGAGUAUCAAAGUUGGGGAUCUGAACGCUGAAAACUCAAAAGCGAGACUUCUCCUUUGGGCUGGAAUGCCUGUUUGCUUGGUACCCCUUUGGGUGAGUCACCAAGCCUUCGUAGGUGACAACGCCAUCAUCUUCAGAAUGGGGGUGACCAUACAGUCCACCUCUGAGGGGGUGUCUUCAUAAGAAACUGCUUGUGCAAGUUUCAGACUCCAGAUGAUAACCCAGGAAGACUGGCUUCAGGAACUCUGCAGCAAACUUCUUCCCACAGUGUGAUUUGUGAGGCAUGCUCAAAGUCCCAGGUGUGGAUGCUGCUCAGAGAAGAAAAGAUUGGAGCAACAGAUGAGCUAAAAAAAAAAAAAGCUUU